AUGUCUCUGAGCGACCGAUGCAGAAGAGACGAGGACGAAGAGCAGCGAAGACUCGGAAACUGUGGAAGGAAUAAGAAGGAGAAGGAGAAGGAGAAGGAGAAGGAGAAGGAGAAGGAGGAGGAGAAGGAAGAGGAGAAGGAGAAGGAGGAGGAGAAGGAAGAGGAAAAGGAGAAGAAGGAGAGGAUGGAGAAGAAGAAGGAGACGGAGGAGAAGGAGAAGAAGGAGAAGGAGAAGAACACAAAGACAGAUUGUCAAUCUCGUCUUCAUCUCGCCUGCUCUCACUCCACCUGUCACUGGGCGCUGUGGGACCUGCAGCCUCAGUGCAUCUGCUCAGCACUGCCCCCGGUGUCCAGGGGGCUCAUGUGCGAUUAUGAAACUGAUCUCACUGCACGAGAACCAGCUGCUCGUUCUCCACGUGUCAGAUGCUCUCGCUCCAUCUGA